AUGCAGAACAUGAAGUUACGAUCCUUACUGAGCACCAAACGCGAUCAGAUCUCAACCCUUCGCACUGUGCUCAAGUCGAACAAGUUAACAGCCGAGUCAGCAUUGGCUUCACUUCGGGACAAAUACGAGGCUGACAAGAAAGCCCAUCAGGAGAUCAGUGAACGCAUGCGACGUGAGCUGAAGCAGCUCAAGGAGGAUGCAGCCACAUUUGCCAGUCAUCGGGCCAUGUUCACUGCUCGAUGUGAAGAACUUCAGGCACAGGUCGAAGAACUGGAAGCGGAUCAGCGCAACAGCGAGGAGGAAAAGAAAACUCUCAAUCAGCUGCUUCGUCUUGCGAUCCAACAAAAGCUCACUCUCACACAGCGUCUCGAGGAUGUUGAAGUAGAUCGUGAUCGGCAAGUACUCCGACAAAGCGGCGGAAAACGACAGGGUGGUCCGGCCAGAAGUGGUGAUGGCUUUCAACCGCGCGUCAUCCGUUGCGAGAGUUGUGAUGAUCCAGCACGUCAGCUGGAUUCUGCCUUACUUGAUCUUGCCGCCAUCGACGAGUUACGAUCGCAAUUGCCAUCGACUCGUCUGUUCGCUGACAUCGAGCUGGUAAUACUGCUCUAUGCGUCUCUAGCGUAUUUCUGGCUGUUUUUCGUGUUUGUUCCUCGAUACUAG